AAGUUGGCUAUCUGGCUGGUUAAUCGACUACGAAGCAGGAUUUGUUUACGUUAGUUAGCACAUUAACAACAGUAGCCUGUAGAAAAGCAGAUCUCAAGUUUCACCAUUGAAUCCCCAGAAUGGCGCAUUGGUUCCACCGAAACCCAUUGAAAGCUACAGCGCCCGUCUCCUUUAACUUCUAUGGAGUUGCUGGAAGCCAAGCUGCAAACAAAAUAUGCAAUGACUUGAGAACCACCAGGGCCAGGCUCCUAGAGAUGUUCACAGAUCUCACCUGCAACCCUGAGAUCAUGAAAAAUGCUACAGAUGCAUAUUUCUCCCUCCUACAAGGCUUCAUCGUGUCACUGGAUGGUACCACGCAAGAGAACAAGCUACGGUUUAUGCAGAACUUCAAGUGGACCGACACUUUACAGGGGAACACACCAAGUGCUCAGCAAGAUGCCAUCUUUGAACUGGUCUCCAUGGCUUUCAAUGUUGCAGUCUGGUACACCAAGUUUGCCUCAAGACUAGCAGGAAAGGAAAACAUAACGGAACCUGAGGCUAAGGAUGUCCACAGGAGCCUGAAACUGGCUGCCGGGAUCUUUAAACACCUCAAGGAAGUGUAUAUCCCUCGCCUGAUCACGCCAGCUGAGAAGGGCCGGGACCUGGAGCCCAGGGUCAUAGACACCUACAUCGUACAGUGCCAAGCAGAGGCACAAGAAGUGACCAUCGCCAGGGCGAUUGAGCUGAAGCACAAUGCCACUCUCAUCGCUGCCUUGGCGUUCGAAACGGCCAACUUCUAUCAGAAGGCUGACCACACUCUGAACACCCUGGAGCCAGAGUGCAGCAGCAAGUGGAGGAAGUACCUUCAGCUGAAGCAGCAUUUCUACAUGGCCUACGCCUUCUGUUACCAUGGACAGACCCUGCUGGCUAGUGACAAGUGUGGAGAGUCAAUCCGAUCACUCCUAGAGGCCGAGAAAUGUUACUCCAGGGCCGAGGCUCUGUGUAAAGAGUACCGUCAGACCAAAGGUCCAGGCAGCACAGCCAAGCCCUCUGAACAGCUGUUCUUCCUCAAGCUGGGCGGCCAGAUCAAGAUCACCCUGGAGAAGUGCCAGAGAGAGAACGGCUUCAUAUACUUCCAUAAGGUCCCUGCUGACGCACCCCAGCUGGAGCUUAAGGCCAGCUAUGGCCUGGCUGAUCCAAUCACCUUCGAGCUCCCGGGCCUCAGUGAUCUGUGCACCCCGGAAGUCUACGCAACAUUCGACCUCACCAAGGGGGCUAAAGAUGAGAAGGCCAAACACAAGGAGGUGGAGGUGAAGCCGGUGAAGGAGCCGGACCUGAAGCCAGAGAAGGACACGGGAUGUGUGGUCUCCUAAACACACGCAUGUACACACACUCUCACACAUAUACACACAUAUAUACACACCCUGGCUGCUUUGUCUCCUAAGCAUCAUGGGAAGGGGACUCUCCGGCAGCCUCUAAAAGCCCCCACAGCCUCUACAAGCCCCCACAGCCUCUACAAGCCCCCACAGCCUCUACAAGCCUACCCUACACCCUACACAGAGUCCAUCCCCUUUCCUUGAAAAGUAAAUUUCCAUAAGAAAUGUGCUUUUUUAUUUUUUACUCAUAUGAAGUACUGUGUCUGCACUUCCUCUGACCAAGGCCUGAUCAUUUAACCUGGAUGUUGACUGUACUGUAAGAUGGGCCGCACAGGCAGGCUGUAGGGGCCUCACAGGCAGGCUGUAGGGGCCUCACAGGCAGGCUGUAGGGGCCUCACAGGCAGGCUGUAGGGGCCUCACAGGCAGGCUGUAGGGGCCUCACAGGCAGGCUGUAGGGGCCUCACAGGCAGGCUGUAGGGGCCGCACAGGCAGGCUGUAGGGGCCGCACAGGCAGGCUGUAGGGGCCUCACAGGCAGACUGUAGGGGCCUCACAGGCAGGCUGUAGGGGCCUCACAGGCAGGCUGUAGGGGCCUCACAGGCAGGCUGUAGGGGCCUCACAGGCAGGCUGUAGGGGCCUCACAGGCAGGCUGUAGGGGACAACUUAGAUCAGGAGAGGGAAAUCAAUCAACAAUUAACAACAAUUCAAGAAAAGGAUGCAUGGAAUUUAUUAAAACAUUUCGUUUGUUUUUAUCUGUGGUGUUUUUUGAGGUUGCAUGACUAUCUAUUGCAGUUCAUUUUAUACAUGGUAGAUAGCUGUUUUCUAUUUUCUAUUCAGUUUAUAAUACAUUUAAAUAUUAUUGGCUCUGUUUUGAGGUUGAGGUAUUCUUAACUAUUGGGACUGUAGGGGAUUAUAAAAAACGAUUUUGUGUUAGAAUCUUAAUUUAUUGUUUUCCUGUAUACAUAGUACAUAAUAUAUUACUAGUGAACCACUCCAACAUUUCUAUACAAUCUAUGGUAGAACAAAUCUUUUUUUUUUUUUCUGUAUUUAAUUUACUAGAAUAUCUAAAAACACUCCAACACAAGCCUAUUUUACUGCUCUUGUAAAACUCUGUAGCUGGAAAAUUGUUUAUACUGAAAUCUGAUGUAUUUAAAUGAUAUACUCUGUCUAGCUGCAGACUGACAAACUCAGACAGCAGUCCACAGGCACCACUGGGUCAUACUGAUGGUUUGAUCUCCUGUAGGGUAUAAACAUAUUUUAAAACUUUUCUGAAGGAGCAUGUAUUUGUUGUACUUUAGAAAUGUAAUUCACACACUUCAGCUGCAGUGCUGUGUGACACUGCUACCUGUCUGCAGUCAGUUACCCUGUUUUUAGCCUGAACAACUUAACUGUGUUAUGUAAAAUGAAUUAAUCUCAUGUUGAUGAUUUAUCUAUGAAUGACAAGGAUGUACUCAUCUUGCAGUGAAUGCAUUUAAAUAUCUGUUAAUCAGUUACAUUUGGUAAUAACUGUAUAACCAUGAAUCAAAUAUGUCUAGGACAUAUACAAGACAAUGCAGUCCUUGACAUAGUAUAGGUUUACCUUCCAAGUUAUUUGUAAAUGUAGCAAUGUGCAGAAUACUAAAAAAUAUAACUAGUUGAAAUAGGAAAAAAGGCUUGGAGACUAAGAUUGAUCUUUGUGCCCUUAUGUUAAGAGCAAACCAUCAAUGUGAUUUGAGUAAUGGGAUUCUCACUGAAAAAUUUGGAUUUUUUUAGAGGACCCAUUUUCUUUACUCCUUAAUUAAAGCAGCUGUUUAUACUAUGGUUUGCUGUGUCAUCAUUACAGUGUACACACAAGCCAACUGUAGCUCUCUCUCAUCCAAUCAUGUCUUGUCUUUGACAAUGUGUCUCAAUAAAGUUACGACUAUGAAA